AUGAGUGCAUAAGUUUUAUUUCGUGUUGUAUGUCCAACUUAACUUUCUUAAAAUGUUACUAUAGUUGGAAACCAUUCAGCAUUAGGUAAUUGGAAUCCAUAAAAUGGAUUUAAAUUGAUUACUAGUCCAGAUACUUAUCCAGUUUGGAUGAAUGAGUAUCCUUUAGAAGUCGAGCCAAGUAUUUUCAUAUUUGAAAUUUAUAGAUGAAAUUUUGGAAUUCAAACUAGUUAUAAGUAAUGGUAUAAAUUCAUAAUGGGAAAUUGGAGUAAACAGAUUGUUACAAAUCUUAAGCCAAAAGAUGAUAGUAGUCUUAACUUUUGAUUAACCACUACUUAUUAUCCAUAAUAUAAGAAGACUAUUCUCAAAUAAUGAUUUAACUAAUAUUACUGAGUGUAUUUUAAAUAAUUAUAUUUAGCCAAAGCAAGAAAGAUUUCAAUAUAGCUAUAAGAGAAAUUAUAUGAUUCAGAUGAAGACUCAGUAAUAAUAUAAAUCAUAUUAUUUAGGAUCAAGAAUUAGAGAGUGAUGAUAAUUCAUAAUUUUAUGAUGAAGAAACUUCAUUAAUUUCUAUUGAAUAAUAUUAGUGUACUCCAAAAAAAGAAUCAAAUAAUUAAGAUUGCCAAUUUCAAUUUGGAUUGGUCGAUCUUUGA